GAUUGGGGAUUCUAACCCAAGACCGGGAAAGGCUGGCAAGCGAAUACAGAUUGCCGUGUCGGGUGCCCAACCCCCCUUUUUUUUUCUCUUCGUCUUUCUUUCUUCUUUCCCAAUCUGGGCUGACUGUCCGCUUGCCCGUUUCCGGACAAAGCAGGCAGACCUAAUGGCGCUGGGUUGUGGAACGGCGACGGUUGAGUGAAGAGAGUGGAUGCUCGCCAGCGAGCAAGCAUUGCGAGGCAAGCACGAGGCCCGUCGGUCAAUCCUGCCUGCCUGUACACCUGCCUGCCUUAUCCAGCGGUCCACCACCACCAGACCCAUGCUCCAUGCUGCUGUGGAAAGCUGCAACCGGCAAAGCACAGCACAGCACAGCAACCACGCAAGCAAGCACAGCGCAAACACAGCACAGUAGACGUCGUGCGACCCGACCCGACAAACUGAAACCCGCCGCAGUUGGAAAGCCCCAGGGCCAUUCAUUCGUUGGCUGAGCUCCAUGUUGCUCACUGACUCCCGCCCACUCGCUCAAGACCUCUCAGAGCAUCCAUAACUUGACUGGCGGUACCCUUUCCCUAGAGGUACCGACGACCUAAUAACACACUCUCGCAGUGCUAUAUAUGCCCCCGAAAUCUGGGCGCGACUGUCGUGGAUUUUCUCUGUCGCUCUCUCGCUCAAUUUUUCGCGCUUCUUUCGAGACCUCGAGAUCAUUCACAGCGCCACCCAAACCUUGGCUCUCACUGCCUUACCUAGGAUUCAGCUCUUCAUCCUUCUUUUUUCCUCUGGCAUCUUUUUGGCGAUUCACUCAACAGUCUCUACCUCACACUCGAUCUCUCUUCGUCUGUGUUUUUUUUCUCCGGGGCCAUACAAAACCAUCCCCUAGAUCAAGGCACGAACUCUCCCGACAGCCCACCGUCUCGUUGCCCGGCCUGCAUGGCCGUUCUCUAGCGCAGCCACGGCCGGUAUAUCGACCCUGAAAGUGCCACUCUGCAAACUGCUGGUUCCCCCACUGGCCGGUGGGGGCUGGGGUCUUUCCGGUGGUAGCGCCACCUGAGGUGCUGGGUGCUGGUUCAUAGGCGGCGGCGCCCAUACAUACGGCCUUCCUUCCGGCACAGCGUGUGAAACAACCAAUCAGCGGCAAAGAAGGCCCAGGAGCAAGCGCCGCAUGUGUGGGAUCGAGCUUGUGGGAACCAUAUUUGGAGCCGGUGAGCCCAACCUCGGCCCAAGCUUGAUCUGUGGGCAACGCGCUAGGCGAGGUGUCUCUGCGUUGGCGUCGACACCAUGGCCGCAAAGGAUGAGACGAGCCUGCAGCUUUGCCCAUUCUGCGGCUACCAGGCGACAUAUUAUAGCAUGCUUCUUCACAUGGAGGAGCAGCACUCCGAGGGUGACUCGCCGUUCGUCGCCACUGAGGCACCCAGGGACGUCUCGGCACCGGGCGGGGCUGCAGGGGGCGGCCACGAGGAUGCCGACUAUGUCGCAUGCCCCAUAGGAUGCGGCGAGUGGCUCGUACCCACUGAGGUGGCCUACCACGUCGACCUCCAUGCUCAAGAGGAGGGUCUUGACGACCCUGGUGCCACGGGGCGCGAUGGAAGCUCGUCCGCAGCCACCCCAACCACGCCCCAGGAGCAGCAGCAACAGCCGAGACAAAGCCGGCGCGAGCGUGAACCGCAGCCGAAGGAGGAUAGCCGUGAUCGCCGCCAUCAGCGGUCCAGGGACGAUCGGGAAGGCAGCACUCGUCACCACCGCCGCGCAGAUGAUCAUGAAAGUAGCAGCAGCAGCCGGCGCCAUCGCACGAGCGAAGAGCCGACCAGCCAGCCGCAGCCAACCACCCGCCGCUCAACCAUUCAGGCCUGGAGGGAUCUCCUCAGCAGGUCAUCGCCCUCGCCGUCCUCGUCCUCCUCCUCCUCACGACGCCACCGUGACCGCGAUCGGAACAGCAGGAGCACCGCCACGGCCAGCAGCGCCUCGACGAACCCGCCACGGCAAUCCUCACCGCCGCGCAAGCGGCUGGGCAAGGCGGAACUGGGCAAGUACGCGCACGAGGAUGUCAUGCCCGACUGGCUCAUCACGCACCUGAAGGAGGGCGGCGAGGUCAAGGCUGAUGGCAUAUUGACUGUUCUGGAGCAGCUGCUCGAGCAGAGCCCAACGACGCGAUAUGCGUAUCUCUGUCAUCCUGGCGUUCAGCACAUCUCCAAGCUGAAGAAGGAAGGCGGCUUCUGUGGUUAUCGAAAUAUCCAGAUGCUUGUGUCAUUCAUCAUGUCAAGUGGGCAUAUAGGUGCACAUCACUUUGAGCAGCUCCCGUCGGUCUUCAAACUCCAGGACUGGAUCGAGGACGCCUGGGACCAGGGCAUCAACGCGCACGCUCGAAUCGAGACUGGGGGCAUCAGGAUGACGCGCAAGUAUAUUGGAACCCCGGAGGCACAGGCUGUCUUUGGCGUCCUCCAAAUACCAUGCGAGUCUCACGGCUUCAAGAACCGAGAGCCGGGCAGGUCAGAAUCCCGACUCCUCGCCGAGGUCGAGCGGUACUUUGAGACGCCCAGCUACGACCCGGCGUACAAGGUGCGCCGCACCAACAUGCCGCCUCUCUAUUUCCAGCACGCGGGCCACUCCAUGACCAUCGUCGGGAUCGAGCGGACAAAAGAAAGCGAGGUCAACCUACUCGUGUUCGACCCCAUGUUUCGCGACUCGAGCGCCAUCGUGAAGCUGGUCGGGCGCGAAUUUGACCACCGCUUCCCAGACUUGGCCCUGAAGCCGUACCGCCGAGGACACAAGUACCUGAAGAAAUACGAGGCGUUUGAGAUAUUGAAGCUUGCCAAGUUCACGCAAUCAUCAUCGUCAGCGGCGUAGCGGACCCCUGAAGAGACGGAUGCGGCCGCCAUGGCCAUGAUUGUGAAUUCUGGCGUAUACACGUCCAACGACGUGUAUGCAACGGGCAAGAUGCUGGCUGCGCCAGUCUUUACCUUUGCUCCCCGUACCCCGCGUUAUCCUUAAUAAUAUUAGUCUAGUCGUCUUCUUUGCUCUUUUUUUUGCUGUGCUGCCAGCAUCUACAGUCAAGCGAUUCAUCUCACUAGCCAGCGCGUUCAGGUGGGGAGGGCCUAGGUCUUCUUAAUUUUCUCCGUAGACUUUCUUUUGGAGCUGAGGCGGAACGAAACAUAACUAGAGACAAGUCGACGUGCAUCUUUUGUUUGUUUAUGUAGAGAUCUCCUGGUUCGUACUUGAUAGCAUAACCUUGGUUUUUUCUUGUUCUCUUUACC